GGCGCGCUUAGGCGAACGCACGCAGAGCGAGGCAGAGCGCUAAGGCUUGUCGCUGGCAUACGGUCCCUUCGGUCGCACGACGGCACUCGCGCUUUGCUUCAGACGGAUCUUCGUGGAAGCAGUGUGGAUGCAGUGCCAAUUAGCUACGUCAUUUUAAAUAUUUUUUCCGACAAAAAAAAAAUUGUGUGAAAGUUGUUGGUGUGUGAGUGUGUGCGAGUGUUCCGAUUUCAAAGCACGCGUUCGCUGGUUUCGCCCUCCGGACUCGCGGGAUAUGCGAAUCGGAGCGUGCCAGGCAGCGAAGUGGUGUUUGUGAAAAAAAAAAAACAAAAAACAAGAAACUUGUCGAGUGAUGCGUCAGUGACAUCACACCGCAAUCACCACGGAUUACCAUAGCGCCGGGCGACGUCCCAUCUCCAUCGCCAUGGCGGCGUGUUGCAUUACCCAGAGUCCUGGGCAGCUGCACCUCAACAAGGACGCCCUGCCCUCCAAGUACAGCAGCAGUAGCAGCAGCAGCAGCAGUAAGACGGCGCAGCAGCACCAGCGGGACCUGCUCUACCACCAGCAGCAGCAGCAGAGGAACAAGAACACACUCUCCUCGCUGUACGCCCCGGCUGCAGAGAACCACAAACUGCCCGCCCUGAAGAGUGGCGGCUCCGUCAGCUCGACGGGCUCUCCCUCGUCGCCGGCCCUCAACAACAACAACAAUAACAACAGCGGCAGCCGGACGCCCAAUAACAACAACAACAAUGUGGCGGACAGCCCGUCCACCCCCAAACAGGACCCCUUCGGGCGCUCGCUGCCCCUCACCCCGGCGCAGGCCACCAAGUACUACGGCACGCGGCUGACGGAGUACGAGCGCAAGGAGAUAGAGAGCUACCCCGAGGUGUGGUACCUCGGCUACGAGGCGUCCAAGAUCCACGGCGAGGAGGGCGCGGCCCAGAACGGCGGCUACGACGACGACAACGGCUCCUACAACAAGGUCCUGCACGACCACAUCUCGUACCGGUACGAGAUCCUCGAAGUGAUCGGCAGGGGGUCCUUCGGCCAGGUCAUACGGGCCCUGGACCACAGGACCGGCAAGCACAUCGCCAUCAAGAUCAUCAGGAAUAAGAAGAGGUUCCACCAUCAGGCCUUGGUUGAAGUGAAAAUCCUGGAUCAUCUAAGGAAAAAAGACCGUGACUCCUCUCACAAUGUCAUCCACAUGUUGGACCACUUCUACUUCAGAAAUCACUUGUGCAUCAGUUUUGAACUAAUGAACCUGAAUCUCUACGAACUGAUCAAGAAAAACAAUUAUCAAGGUUUCAGCCUGAGCCUCAUCCGGCGGUUUGCACACUCUCUUGUGCAAUGUUUACGACUUCUGUAUAGGGAAAAUAUAAUUCACUGCGAUCUCAAACCGGAAAAUGUCCUUCUCAAGCAGAGGGGCAGUUCGUCCAUCAAGGUGAUUGACUUCGGCAGUUCCUGCUACGCGCACCAGCGCGUGUACACAUACAUCCAGUCGCGGUUUUACCGCUCUCCUGAAGUCAUCCUUGGUCUUCCCUAUGGAGCUCCCAUCGACAUGUGGAGUCUGGGUUGCAUUUUGGCAGAGCUGUACACUGGAUACCCCUUGUUUCCUGGGGAAAACGAAGUUGAGCAGCUUGCAUGCAUCAUGGAAGUCCUUGGAGCGCCUCCAGAUCACAUUGUGGGCAACGCUACACGUCGCCGUCUUUUCUUUGAUACCUAUGGCAAUCCUCGCUGCAUCACUAACAGUAAGGGACGCAAGCGUAAACCAGGAUCCAAAGACCUGUCAAUGGCCCUCAGAUGUAAUGACAAGAUGUUUGUGGACUUUGUAGCUCAGUGUUUACAAUGGGAUUCAAAGAAGCGCAUGACCCCUGAUGAAGCUCUGCGCCACGAAUGGCUCAUCUCCAGCUCAUCCAUCAGCACUAGCAACGGAUCUCACACCCAAACAGAACUGAGGCGGUCUCCGUCAGAAGCAGGGUUGGGCCCUCACCACACACAUCACUCUCACCGGAGCGCUGGAAGUGGCAGUAGUGGUAGCGGGAGUGUGACUGGGAGUGGUAGUGGUAGUGGUAGUGGCAGCGGCCAACAAUAUUCAAUUUACCGACUGUACCGUGGUAAAAAAUGUGUAUCAAAGCUUGUAGAUGCUCAGCCCGGUGAGUUAGGCGAUGUCUCAAGUAGUUUGCUGGGUACAGCUAGAACACGAGGCUCAACAACCACAGUACGAGGUGGGGGUGAGUGUUCGAGUCAAGCAGUUGAUCCCAAUUUGAAUGACUCUGGCACUUUCCUGCCUCCUAUUUUGUGAGGCUGGCCUAUUGUCGCUUUUUCUACGGCGACAAAGUACACUGAGAGUUAAAAUUCUAUUCUAGUUCUUAUGGUGAUGAUUAUUUAAAUCUUUUCCCUACAUAAAAUACAACUUCUGAGAAGAAAAUGUAUAUUAGGGGUCACCAGAUAGAUAUGCUUCCCUAAAUUAUUACGGUAUGAUGGGAAAAAACAUCUUUCCCCUUGUAAAAAGUUGUGAAUGGAAGCUGUAAUUCCUUUUCUUUUUAAGAAACACACAAGAAGAGGUUCUGGUCUUUAGAACUUACUUCUCAAGUAAUAUUGACUUCCUCUGUGUGAUACUGUACUCAGUCACUGAAAUUUUUCACUAAUGUUCAUCCACUGUGUACUUGUCGUAUCGUGGCCAAAAUGCCAACCUCUGUGAUGUUUGCAAAUAAGCAAAGUCUGCAAGGACGCUCAGUGAAAAAAGCAUAUGUGGUACCGACUUAAUUUCAUUUAUGAACCAGUCAUCAAUUCAUCUGCAUUAUAUCAAUCCAAGAGCACUGCAUACCUCUUUGCACAUGUUGUGUUUAAUGUUAGAUGAAUUUGUUAAUAAUUUUAUGUAGAUUUGAAUGGAUGGAAGGGAACAGACUGUGUAAAAUAACUGGUACCAUGUUGUACAUUUUCUUUAGCUUUAACAUCAUGUUUCACUGCAAAGGUGUAGAAGUUUUCAGUCAGUUAUGGUUUUAUAUUUAACCAGAGUGUAUACUGCCCAUGUGUGGUUGCUGUUAUCUCAGUCAUGUGACAAGGCCUUUGUUGCUGCUUCUCAAUAUUUAACCAAGGGCAAUGAGAUCUCAAGCAGUGCGUUUUUGUUACCACAUGACAGGAGUUCCGAUCAACACCAUUGUUGAAUUCACGUCACAUCCAUUUAAUCUGUCAGUUAUGAUUUCACUUGUUGUCUUGGAAAGCUGGGUUUUAUGAGAAUGGUUAAAUUUUGUUCUGUAAGUUUCCUGUAUCUAUUUGAAAAUCAUUAGAAAGAUGAUAUUUGAACAUAUUCAUACAUCAAUUUGCUAUAUAUUUUUUUUCUGUGUUGUAAAUAGAAUAUUGAUUCUAAAAGCCACUGCUCAGUGCCUUAAAUUAAAAUCAUCCAUAAGCAUGAAGUGUAAUUUAAUUUUAUAUCCAGUAUGUUUGGUGCACUAUUCGACAGAAUUUUGCAAAUAGUCAACAAAAGUUAGUCAUAUUUUAAAGCAUAACUUGAAUUGGGGCAUUUUUUGUGGAACAUGUAGAUCAUUUGUUUCCCAAAAAUUAUCUGUGUUUUUAUCAUACAGAAUUUUAAUGUUUUAUCUUCUAUAGUGAUAGAUCUCACAAUUGUAUCAUUUGUAAUGAAAUUUUAAAUCAGCGAGAUGAAUGAACUUACCAGCUAGUUAUCCAACAUGGAACUAAAACACUCGAUAUGUGAAAGGACAACGAAUCAAUUAUGAGUUCUACAAACGUGUUCACUGCUGUAUGAAUUUCAUUUGUGGUCCACUGUUGAGGACACACUGCAGUGAAUGCCAUGAGUGCCCAUCAAUACACUACAUGUGCAUUGAAGAACUUUCAAGUGUGCGUCUUACCAUUUGUAUAUUUUAAACUACCAAUGUAUAUCUACUCAUCCAUUCAGAGCAUCGGCGAGUAGAGUUUCAAUGAUUGAAGAGGUCUAAUAAAGGUUAAAAGUGAUGCUGAGAAGAAGUGAAGUGAUAAAAAUACAACCAAAGUUCUAGAGAUUAGGCAGGCUCUGAGAAAGCUGAUACUGAGACAAUGCUGGCCAGCACUGUCCAAUAGUCUGAAUAUUGGAUAAUAAUUUUAGUGAGUUUGGUUUUUAAUGUUUUCCAGUCAGUACUUUCUUCACUCUUUUAAUUGCUCCAUCGUUGUUUUCUUUGGCACUAUUAUGGACUUUUAGAUCGUAACAUCUAAACGAAAACUUCAAAAUGAGACAGAUAUGUUGUAGACUGAUGUUUACCUGAAGAUUGUACUCCCUGUUGGUUGUGUAGGGAAACUGGUAAAGUUUAGCCAACUGUGCAACAGUAUGGCUUGAACAGGUGUGUCCUCUGACACUCAAAAGUAAACUUUAUAGUUGGGGUUCCAUGUUUUGCCCCUCUACCCUACUUGUGACAGCCGGCGUUUGCUCUCUUUGUUAAAUUUUGUAAUCAACCAUGUAUCGCUACAUAAAUUCUAAUCUUGGCAUACUCUCUUAGAUGUUGUUGUUGUUUUAAGUGUCUAUCAUUUUAUUACUGUAUUAAUGACCAAAUAAAUUCUUACAGUCAGUGUAA